AUGGCGUUGAGGGCAUCGCCGCAGGCGUCGCUGCCAAAGCAUAGGAUGCUGGCCGAGGCCGACGUGGACCUGCCCUGGAUAAAGACCGACCAGGCCGACUAUCUUUUCGCUGGCCUCAUCGUGCUGAACGCCAUCAUCAUUGGAAUUGACAUCGAGGUCACUAUUCGGAGCGACGACGGCAAGCCUUCGGAACUACUCUUCUGGCUGCAGGUCCUGUUCCUGGUCGCUUUCAUGAUCGAGAUGGGCUUGAGGGUGCGCGCCGACGGGCCCGCCUUCUUCCGCACGGCCGCAGGCGCCUUCGACCUCGCGAUCAUCCUCUCCUCGUCGGCCGAGACCUCCGUGGCGCUUGGCGGCUCCCAGGCCCAGCUUCCAGCCGUUGGGGUCAUGCGGAUCUUCCGACUGCUGCGCAUCUGCCGCAUCGUCAGGAUCCUGCACAUCUGCCCGGAGCUCUCGCUGCUCAUUUCAGGACUGGCUGCCUCCGUGCAGGCCGUCUUCUGGGUUUUCCUGCUGCUGGUCGUAACUAUGUACGUCGCCGCAUUGUUGACGACGAUGCAGCUGGGGCAGGAGUUAUCCAACGAGACGCUGAGAUACUACUUUGGUGGCGUGGGCAGGAGCUUCUUCUCACACUUCAUGGUGCUGACCCUGGAGGGGUACCCAGCCCUGGCGCGGGCGGCUGGUGAACCUGUUGCCAAGAACUGGUAUUGGUACCUGUAUUUCGUAGGCUUCAUCGUCUUCUCGAACAUAAUCAUGAUGAAUCUGGUCACCGGCAUCGUGUGCGAGAACGUCGUGGCCACCGCCAAAAGCGAUGAGCACGCCACGCACAUCUACAACGAGGAGAGCCGCAAGUUCGUGGAGGUACUGAGGGCUCUGCUGCACUCACGCGGCAUUGACGCCAGCUCCCAGAUCAUGUUCGACCAGGGUGAGCACGCUUUCCUUGACAUCAUGGCCGACGAGCGCGUCCGGGAGUUGCUGAACACUUUCGACGUUUGCUUGGAGAUAGAGGACUACCAGCUGUUCCAGAUACUCGACGAGGACGGCAGGGGGCACCUGGACUCGGAGCAGUUCGUCUCGUCGUUGCUGCGGCUGCGCGGCUCGAAGGAGACGAUGCAUUCGCUGCUCGUGCAGGCGGACAUCAUCCGAGGCGGCCAGCGGGUGAUGGGCCAGAUCAAGGAUUCCUCCCACAAGAUCCGAGAGUACUCAUCGAAGGUCUCCGCCGCUCUGGAGGAGCACGUCUGCACCGGCCUGCGCGCGGCGCGCCAGGAGGUAGAGGCGGCCAUGCUGAGGCAGCGGCCGCCCUCUCCGCCGCAGAGCACGGCGGGGCGGAGCACUCCACCGCCGCUGCCCCCCCCACACUCGCCGCCGCCGCACUGCGCCGGCAGCUCCGCUGGCGGCCACGGCGGCAGGCCGAGUGCCCUGCCGCCGCCCGGCGCCCCGCAGCUGCGUGCGGAGGAGGCGCCCGACGUCCUGCGCGUCCGUGCCGCCCUCGCCGCGGCGGAGGCCGGUGCCUCGCAGGCCGAGGCCGCGCUCGAGCGGCUGCAGGCGGACCUCGCCGCCUCGCGGGCGCGCGUGAGGGCGCUGGAAGCGCGGCUGGCCCGCCGGAGCGAGGGCGUGCAGACCGACGCGGAGCCCCCUGCUCUGGAGCCCGCUGCGAGCGGUAACCGGCUCCCCAGGUCGCCAGCUGCUCGCGGCAGCGCCAGGCUCGCCCGCGGCGCGCGCGCCGCUCCCUGCGCCGACGCGGCGGGCGCUCCCGCCGGGGGCGCGGCGAGGAGGAGCCCCAGCUGGUUCCCGUGGGACCCACCCCUGCGCGCCCGCAGCCGCGGCGCCCAGCAGCGCCAGCCCAGCCUGCAGGGCGCAGGGGCCGGGAGCCCCUGCAGGAGCCCUUGCGGCGCCCGCGCCGCGGCCGCGCGCGCCGCGGGGGCGGCGGAUCGUCAGAGGCUCCUGGGCACCUUCCGCGACUCGCCGGAGGGCCACCGGCUCCUCGGCACCUUCCGCGACUCGCCCGAGGCGCUUCGGGGGCAGGCGCUGGCCGUCACCUCCGAGCCCGACUGA